GAUGGGUCUUCCCGUAUAGGUUCACUCAGUCGUACGUGUUCAUUAUUAGCAGAGAAAAUGAAGGUUCCAUCGUCAGCAGCAAAGGCAGUGAUCCUUGGCCUCCUUUUGGUUAACUUCACAAGCUUGUGCUUUGGUGCACUGGAGGUAGGAUUCUACAGGGGGAAAUGUGGGGUUGCAGAUGUGGAGAGCAUCGUCAGAGGUGUCGUUAUUGCUCGAUUUUCCAGCGACCCAACCAUUGUGGCAGCUCUCCUCCGGAUGCAGUUCCACGACUGCUUUGUCAAUGGCUGCGACGCAUCGUUACUUCUAGACGGCCCUUUCAGUGAGAAGACUGCACCUCCCAACUUCAGCGUGAGAGGUUUCGAUAUCAUCGACCAAGCAAAGACUGCUAUUGAGAAUGUUUGUCCUGGUGUCGUCUCUUGUGCUGAUAUCAUUUCUCUCGCCACAAGAGAUGCUGUUUUCUUGAGUGGGGGAGGGAGAUACGAGGUACAGACAGGAAGAAGGGACGGUCUGGUUUCUCUAGCUGCUAAUGUCGAUCUCCCGGGGCCUUCAAUAUCAGUCACCGAUGCCAUUGCAGCAUUUGCUAAGAAAGGACUCACUGCCACAGACAUGGUUCUUCUUCUUGGCGGUCACACUGUUGGAAUCACCCAUUGUUCGCUCAUUAGUGAUCGUCUCUACAAUUACCAGAACACCGGCGGACCUGAUCCAGACAUGGAUCUUGCUCUUGUUUCCAUUCUGAGAUCAACGUGUCCUCAGAAUGCAGCAGUGGACAAUGCAGUCGCUCUGGACCAGAUGAGUCCGCUUGUUGUGGACAAUUCUUUCUACAAGCAGUUGCUGAUGAGGAGAGGGAUUCUUCCGAUCGACCAAGCACUAGCUCUGGACUCUUCGACGAAAUUCACAGUUAUUUCCCUGGCCAACGGCGUCAAAUUUCCUGCAGGGUUUGGGGAGGCCAUGGUCAAGCUGGGGGCUGUAGAGGUGCUUACUGGGACACAAGGAGAGAUUAGGAGAACCUGUGCAGCCAUCAAUGGCCCUUAAUUUCUGAAUGUAGUUGGUUAUUUUCAAUCACUUUUUUUUUUAAGUAUUUGAAAUAAAAGAUCCAAAUUCCAAACCACGUUCCAAUCUUUUAUCAGUCAA